UGUCGCUUGACGGCAAUGUGUAAUUUUAAAAAAUCGACAUGGCUUCCUCGGUGAUUUGCAGAGAAACUCAGAGCAGGGUGAGUUCAGUGCUAAACAGAGACGUGAAGCAGUAUGGAAAGAAGUACAUGUUUGACUGCAAUGAGGAGACAUGCUGGAAUUCAGACCAGGGUGAAUGUCAGUGGGUGUCUCUGGAGUUCCCCCAGUCUGUCACGCUAUCAGAGUUAAAGGUCCAGUUCCAGGGAGGCUUCUCUGCAAAAACAUGCAAACUGGAAGGUUGCCUUAAAGAUGGAGACUUUACAGUGAUCAGCCAUAUUUACCCAGAAGACAACAACUCGCUUCAGAGCUUUCCCAUACAGGAGGCCCCUGCGGUGGACAAAGUAAAAAUAAUAUUUGAGAAUAGUGCCGACUUUUUUGGGAGAAUUAUUGUUUAUUCCUUGGACAUCCUGGGGGAAAACGCUUCAUGACCAUUUUUUAA